UCGGCCAUAACCUCUUUAGAGAACCUUUUGACACUUCCGGUUUCUUACUGUACAGCACCGAGAGAGGUGCGCGGUGCAUUGUGGGCGGACAAAUACAGCGCAGAAGAAGGAGACGAAAAAGAAGAAGAGGAGGAGGGAGGGCGAAGCACAAAGGAAUGAACAACAAGCAUCUCGGGGAAACGUUGCGCUUCAACCCGUUGUGAUGGGAUCGUUACCGCCGGCGGAAAGUCGACCGUGAGUCUCGUUCCGUUCGCGGCUCGCAGGCGGACGAACGGCCCGGGACGCGCGGGGAAUGUGAGUGAUCGGGGCGGCGCGGCAGAGGGGAGCGCACCGCUGUCGGAGCUGCUCGCAUCCCGAGGCCCCUCGUCGGCCCCGCGGGCCUCGUCCUCCGGAAGGACUGGUUUCCUGUCCGCGGCCCUGCCCUGACUCCACCAUGGGGGUCAAGACCUUCACCCAUAGCUCCGCCUCCCACAGCCAGGAGGUGCUGGACAAGCUGAACGCGCUGCGCAGCCAGGGCCACCUGUGCGACGUGACGGUGCGCGUCCAGGACAAGCUGUUCCUCGCCCACAAGGUGGUGCUGGCGUGCUGCAGCGACUUCUUCCGCUCGCAGCUGGUGGGCCGGCCGGACGAGGAGGACAAGUUCGUGCUGGACCUUCACCACGUGACGGUGAGCGGCUUCGCGCCGCUGCUGGAGUACGCCUACACGUCCACGCUCGCCAUCAGCACGGAGAACAUCAUCGACGUCCUGGCCGCCGCCAGCUACAUGCAGAUGUUCGCCGUCGCCAGCACGUGUUCCGAGUUCAUGAAGUCGAGCAUCCUGUGGAGCGGCGGCGGCGCCGACGCGGCGGACAAGCCGCACGUGUCGGCGCCGGAGAGCGCGGCGGCGCACUGCGGCCUGGCGCCGCCGGACGGCAGCGUGUCGCCCGUGUCGUCCGACUGCAGCGUGAUGGAGCGCAACGUGCCCGUGUGCCGCGAGUCGCGCCGCAAGCGCAAGAGCUUCUCCGCGAUGGCGUCGCCGGAGAGCCCGCUCAAGUGCACGGCGCAGAUGGUCGCCACCUCGCCGCAGAUCCCCGACCCGUCGUUCUCGGACGGCGGCGGCGCCCCGCUCGCCGAGUCGGCGCUGGCCUUCCCGUGGACGUUCCCGUUCGGCAUCGACCGCCGGUUCCACUCGGACAAGUCGAAGCUCCCGGAGAGCCCGCGGCGCUCGGAGCCGGGCGGGGCCUCGGAGGCGGCGGGCGGGCGGCGGCGGCGGCUCGGAGACUUCCUGACGUGCGAGAGCUCCAAGGCGGCGGCGGCGGCGCCGGAGGAGGAGGAGGACGUGCGCGUGAAGGUGGAGCGGCUCAGCGACGAGGAGGCGCAGGAGGCCUCGCAGCCCGUCGGCGCCUCCCAGAGCUCGCUGAGCGACCAGCAGACCGUGCCGGGCAGCGAGCCGCCGGGCCACGAGGAGCUGCUCAUCAGCCCCCAGUCCUCCUCCAUAGGGUCGAUGGACGAGGGCGUGUCGGAGGGGCUGCCGUCGAUGCAGAGCGCCGCCAGCGCCGGGGGCCACGGCGAGGACGACGAGAGGCUGGAGGGGAUCCAGUACCCGUACCACCUCUACAUCAGCCCCUCAGCCCGACCCGGCACCAACGGACCCGACCGGCCCUUCCAGUGUCCGACCUGCGGAGUCCGAUUCACGCGCAUUCAGAACCUGAAGCAGCACAUGCUCAUCCACUCUGGCAUUAAGCCUUUCCAGUGUGACCGCUGUGGGAAAAAGUUCACACGGGCCUACUCCCUAAAGAUGCAUCGGCUGAAGCACGAAGGUAAACGCUGUUUCCGGUGCCAGAUUUGUAGCGCCACGUUCACGUCCUUCGGGGAAUAUAAGCACCACAUGAGGGUCUCCCGCCACAUAAUCCACAAGCCGCGGAUUUACGAGUGCAAAACGUGCGGGGCCAUGUUCACCAACUCUGGCAAUUUAAUUGUACACCUGAGGAGUCUGAACCACGAGGCGUCCGAGCUAGCAAACUACUUCCAGAGCAGUGAUUUCCUCGUGCCCGACUACCUGAGCCAGGUGCAGGAGGAGGAGGAGGCGCUGGGGGUCCAGUACGAGCUGGAGGAGGCGGAGCACCACCCCGUGUACCCAGGCAGCAGCAGCGCCUCCUCCUCCUCCUGCGCCGCCGCCGCCUCCUCCUCCUCUGGCUCCGCCCACAUGCCCCUCAUCUCCCAGGUCUCCUCCUCCACGCACAACUGUGAUGCUUCGCCCGGCGGCUUCCUCUCGCCCGACCCGCUGGACGCCCUCAAGAAGGCCGCUGCCGUCACGGGGGGAACCAAGGUGGACGACUGCGUGGCAGGCGUGUCCCCGGAGGUGUUUGAGGAGGAGGAGGAGGAGGAGGAGGAGCAGCAGGAGGAAGAGGAGGAGCAGGAGGAAGAGGAGCAACGUGCCAAGGAGACGACUUCCAUCACCAUCGAGUAACUCGUCGAUUGAAGCCUGACGACACACACACACACACUUACAGGCAGACACACACACACACACACACACUUACAGGCACACACACACACACACAGAUGCACUUAUCACCUCCAGAAAGUAAAUGAUAUUUUUUUUCUUCAAUAUUUUUCUUUUUGAAGUGAUUUUAAAAAAAAAAUUUGGAAGUAUUACGUUGCAUUUUAUUUUUAAUAUUGCAUUGUAUUUUAUUUUGUGUAUUACAUUGUAUUUUUUAUUAUUUUAUUACUUAGUAUUUUUAUUUUAUUUCAUUACUUUUUAUUUUAUUUUUUCCCACGUGACCUGAACGCAUCGAAUCCAAAAGCCUCGCCGAGUUCGCCCGACUUGUUUUGGAAAGUGCCUGAAAUGAAGUCCUGUUUGUAGGCUUUUUUAAAACAGUGAUGAGGAGACGAGGAAUGAGGAGACGAGGAGGUCUUGACUUUGCAAACUGAGCUCGAGAUCAAGCCCCGCCUCCUGGUGUUUCAUUGGUCGUGAUGAAGCUCUAAACGGCUCCAUGUGAUCUCACUGCGUCGCUUGUGCUGUCGUUGCUAUUUGAAUGCUGUGUGUUGGUUUGUGUGUCUGUGUGCAUUUGUUUUCAUCUAUAUGAACAGUACAUUUAUUUUUUAAAUUCUUUUAAAUGAAAAACUUGAAAUUAUAUUGAGUAUUCCCGUAAACAUCGUUUGAAGUUUUCCGGCCUUUAAAAAAAAAAUAUAUAUUUUAUUUUCAUUCAAACUUCGAGUAAAACUAACAUUUUCAGCUUUUUGUUUUCCAAAUUCAACGAAAGCAAAAACAAAAGACUCCAAUGUGUCUCAUGGGACGUGUUGAUGUGGGGAUCAACCAGCUGUAUCCUGGUUUUAAUUUGAGUUACAUAACUUGUUACAAAAGGGGGCGGGGCUACAUUUCCAAACAAAUAAAUCCCCCUCUUUUUAAAAUUCUUUUUUCUGGUAUGACGGCCUGCAGCCCGGGGGAAGCAGGAAGUGAUGCAACCGGACUGUGACUGCUGUGUGUGAUGGCAGACAGGAAGUCACAUGACCACGCUGCUUUAGGAGCAGCAGAAAUACUGUGAGUCUGAGCACACACACACGUGUGUGUGUGUGUUUAUAUAGUGUAAGAAGAGCGCUCGUCGUUUCGCCGUAUGAACUGAUUGAGCACAGUGUUUUUUAUUUUAUCUUUGGGGGUCAAGUUUCCAUCUCCAGUCCGUUGUUGUUGUCAACAACAUGUUUUUAAUUGUUGUGCCUGUAUUUCUGAGAAGAUAAUGACGCCCGUGGUAAUAACCUACGAGUUGAAUGCUACUGACUGACUUUGUUUAUUUGUUUCCCCCCCCCCCCCCGUAAGGAAGCUCCAUGUCAGACCUCACACAGGGUUGAUUGUAAAUGUGAAGAUUAAUAUAUGUUUGUGGCGAGGGCGUCAAUAUUAAUCAUUCUUGUCUUAAUAACCCUGCGUCCAAAAACGUGCCAAUUUGUCCCCUUUUUAAAAAACUCUAGUUUUUUAUCCGGCUACUAAUCACGCUUUAAAAUAAUAAAUUCCCUACAGGACCAAAUGUUCUCUCUCGUCGGGGAGUUGCCAUGGCAAUCAGUAACUGCACAUCAUAGAAAGAGAAGCUACGGGGUCCGUGCUGGUUAGCUCCGCCCCUUAAAGAGACAGUAACGUUGUGACGGGUCCGUGCUGGUUAGCAGAGGGUCCUGAUGCUCCGCCCCUUAAAGAGACAGUAACGUUGUGACGGGUCCGUGCUGGUUAGCAGAGGGUCCUGAUGCUCCGCCCCUUAAAGAGACAGUAACGUUGUGACGGGUCCGUGCUGGUUAGCAGAGGGUCCUGCUGUUCUGUCCCUUAAAGAGACAGUAACGCUGUUUCAGAGGCUCGCCUUAGUACACAGACCUGAUAACUAGUUGCACAAUAUCAAAACUAAAAAACAAGAAGAAGAGUUUUCUAUUCUCCAUUUCUAGGUCGUUGCUUUUCAUCGUGUCGUCUGUUCGCGAACAACUUUUUUAUGAGAAAUGCUGCUGUUCAGUUUGUUUUUGUUUUUUUGAACGCAAAAGUGCCCAAAAUAUUUUUGUGAACCGAUGGUUGUGCAAUAAAUGGACAGGUGUUGUUUUAAGAGUUCAUUUUGUCUUUGGAAUAGUGAAUUAAAUAUAUGUGUGUGUGUGUGUAUAUAUAUAUAUAUAUAUUAAAAAAAGAAUAUAAUUGAGUUUAAAUGUGAUUUGAAGGAACGAAGCGGGAAUCAAACGGCCGGUUCUUUUCGUUAGUUUCCUCCGGCGAGGGGGCGUGUCUUCAGUGGGUGUCGCCCUCUGUCGCGGUCUUAUGGUUCCCCAUCCAGUCGUAGCUCUGAUGGUAAAGCAUGCCGCUUCUCUUUCUCUACUCUCUCCUCUCCAGUCUCUUCUUACCAGUGCAAUGUUUCUAUUGUUUUAUAUCUUAUUGUUAUACGGGACACGCCUUCUUCAAUGUACACUUUGAUGUUGUGUAUGUUUUCCAGUCCUCCUCCCGGUUUAUUCAAAGUAGGGAAAGAUGAAAACACACGGUAGCUCUUCAUAACGGCAUAUCUAUAUUUUUGGUGACUUUUUGUAUGAUGGUUUCAUGGCAUCUUUGUAUAUUCUUGUUAAAUGUGAAUAGAACAGCGUGUGAAGGGGGGGGGGGUGUGUGUGUGUAUAUAUAUACACACACUCGUACUAUGUUGCAUACUCGUCAUGCUGCAGGCUCCUGGGGAGGCGGAUGUUGUGCCGUGUGUUUGGUGCCGUGUUCGGCAGCCCAGAUGUUCCUCCCGUGGUUUCUGGAGGUUUUACUGGCCGAGGUCGCGCCGCGCUCCAGAGGUCGCCGUGGUUGUUUUAUGGAUCUUUGCUCGUGUUCUGGCUUUGCAGUCCUGUUAUUAUAAUAGAGUUGUUUUUGUAAAAGUAUAAAAAAAUGUAAAUAAAAAAAGAAACUUG